GAGCCGCUGCGUAUGAGCGCGCCGCCGCGUAUGAGCGCGCCGCCAUCUUGUAUUCUGCGCACUUAAAAAUCUCUGAUCUAAACUCUGAGAUCUUGAAGCUCAACACAACUUCUCCUGGAUUAAUUUCUUCACAUCAUCUAAAACAAUGAGACAUCUGAUGGCUUUGAUGUUUCUGGUGAUCUUCUGCUCUGUGCAGCUGACUACAAGUGCUCCAGUUGCCCCUGUUUUGGGAAAAUGCUGUGUUGAGUUCAGCAAUGCAAGGAUUCCUCUGAAACUGGUGAAGUCGUACUAUAGGACCGCCAGCAGCUGCCUCAAACCAGCCAUUGUGUUUGAGACUAAAAAAAGGAUAAUCUGUGUAGAUCCAGAAACCAGCUGGGUGAGCGACCACAUGAUUAAAGUGGACAACAGAAUAAUAGAGACCCAAAACAAGACAGUCUGAAGAAUUGAUUCAUCUGUUUAUAUAUUUAAACUCAACAUCUGACUCUGCACAUUUACUUCACUCCUGCUUUGUGUUUAUGUUAUAAUAUAUAGAUCCUUUUACAGCUCACGUGAUCAAAUAGCCCGUGCGUGCAUUUAGGCAACAGAAGUGGUGUUAUUCCCCAUUGGUUCUAAAGUGUUAGCAACUCGGAAAGUUUAUUAAAACGGUUUCAAAAUGUCUGGUUGUUGCGUUUGGUUGCACUAAUAUAAUAUACUAAUAUACGUAUAUAUGUUUUUGGCCACUUUAUAUUUGGCCAUCUGCUAACGUCUUCUAUCCACUUCACUAUAGUACAUGGAUCUGGUAGCUGUGUUGAAAAAGUUGAUAAAGUCAACUUUUUAAAAUAAUUUUCUCUGUCUUUGUUGCUCCACUGCUGAUUCUAGCCAUACUUCCGUUGCCUAAAUGCACGCGCAUACACUGCCAUGUCAUCAUUGUGUACAAACAGUAAAAGGGUCUAUACAGUUAUGUUCAAAAUAAUAGCAGUGUACUAAUAAAAGUGAAUAAAGCAGAGUUUAUUUCCAUAUUUCAAAUGUAUUAAAAACAUUACACAUUCAAUAACAAAUCAAAACAUUAGCAUAA